CUUCUCCUCGCUGCAGGGCCCUUUGGUGUACCUCAGCCAUAUGUCUGUGUGGGCAGUUUAUGUGCGUAAAUCGGCAAUUCACAAACUGGCAGGAAGGUGAGUUAGACAGGAACAUCUUUGAACAGAGCAGGAGAAAGGGGUUGGUGUGAGUAGGCAAAGUAGCAUCACAGAGGAGGGAUCCAAAGAAAGAGAAAACAGAGCAACACAGUUCCUAAUGCAGAGAUACUGCGGGCCUUUUGGUGCAAAAUCCUCUUCCUCUGCCAGGAGGAGUUCUCAGCAUGAUGGCCGGAAUGAAGCAAAUGUCAAAGUAAUGAAUAUAUACUUGUGAAUUGUUUGUACCAAUGCGAACAUAAUGCCCCCAUCUAUACAUUUUUCAUGAAACAGUUAUGAUGGUAUUCAUCGUUCUGUGCCAGUAUUCAAAUCAACUCUUGCUUCUCGAUGUUCUGCAGGUGCACUGACUCUAUCGUUUGGUCAGGAUUACUGCGCCAGUCCAAAGUCCGGCAGUGUUACUGAAAUCAGAAUAUAAUUGCUGAAAUGCACAAAAAUAGGCCGUGAUUGCUCAUGCUACAGCUUUGGUUCCUCGUUCCCAUAUUCGGUAUAGGCCUUCUCUGUGGGAACUUUAUUGAUACUGUGUAAAAUUCUGGCGUGGGAACAGAAGUAUUGGUGCAAGUAACAGUCAAGCUGUGCGUUAAGCAAGUUCCACAUAUGCAAAUUCCUGCAGGAGAACUUUGUGUUUAAUGGCAUGAUUGAGAAACAAGAUGUUAACACACUGCAGAAAAAGUUUCCCUGGCAUUGAUCUACAAGCGAUCUGAUGGGAGUUUUUCCCCUUUAAAGAAGCAGGAUGAGAUGCUGUCACGAUCCCGCAAACCUUGAUGUGGGUGAUCCCUUGAACACAGGGAUGUCGGCAGGACCACACCUGUGCUUAAUUGUUGUUAACCUCUUUCAUCCAGAGAGUGAGCUUUGUACUCCCUUUUCUAGUUUUGUUUUCUAUUGGGAAGAGAAAGUCAUGAGGAAUUCCCUCACUUGCCUGAAACAGAAAAUAUUUGUCAUGUCUGUGAAAUGCAGCUCCCUCUGAAGGAGUCCAAUCGCACACAAUAUCUGCAUUACAGAGUGUGUAUUCAAAGACUCAGCCCCAUGUCCACUUGCCCCUUCAGCAGUAUGUGAGUGCAGGCAGGGCACUGCUUCAUUGUGUGCAACAGGCUUGGGUUAAAUGAUCCGAUGAAAGAAGAGAUAAAAAAAGAAAGAGAAAAGGGGAAAAAGGAGAAAAAGAAAAAAAAAGAUGAAAUGUGGAGGGGAUAGAGCAACGUGGUGGCAAAGGGCCAGAGGAAGAACAAGUUCUGAAGUUCAAGCAGAGCCCAGGAUGGAUUAUAUUGCUAAGGGGUUGGCAGAAACGCUUCAAGCUCUGCACAAAAACCCCAUCUGGAGUUGAGCCUGGCAUUUAUAGGGCUCUGAACCUGAAGCUGUAGUCAAGCAGAUGGUCACUGGCUUCAGCAUUGUGGGAACUGCGCUGUAAUCUGUGCUGUCAUACCUGAGCUUCUACGCCUUCAUUUGGUAUUUCAGUAUCUCCAAAUAAUACUCUGUGACUGAUGCUGUUUCACAGCCCUUUGUGUAAAAGAAACCUGAUACAGUCAGCCAGGCCUGUGGACAAGCUCUGCUUCCCCUGGUCAGCUUUGGAACCAGCUGCCCUUCCUGUGCAGAUGUGGUCAGCAGUGUGUGAGACAGACAGGCCUUUAUUGCCAACGUGGAAACUUUCCUCCUCUGUCGGGAGUUUUCAACAGAUUGGUGUCUCUGAGGGCUGUCCCGAGACAGAAACAGUACUGCUGUACGUUCUUGCUCCGCAUUUAAGUCUUGAAUCUUUGUAAUGGACUUAAUGUUGAAAUAUUUCACAUCGCAUUUUGGUAAGCUGUUAAGCUGUUCACAGGGCAAACUUCCAAGCAGGUGGAUGAGUUGAGAAUAAGGAAAGACAUUUCUUCAAAUCUGCGUAUUGGUAGAUUUGUCAUUACAUGGGACGUAAAGGAUGGAUUUCUCCUCUCUUUCCUCUCUGGAAGAAGCUGUUCCUCCAUUAUCUCGAGUGGAUUAGAGCAGCCCGAAGGCCUCUUGAUAAGAGGACGAGGCACUCAGUGGACAGAAGCAGACAUAGGACGUACUGGUGGGGCCCAGCUACCAGAGGUGACUUUCUCUGGUCGGGCUGCACGGGAUGAUGGCCAGAGAGGGUCAGCACUUGAAGCAAUGCGAGAAAGCAAAAGCAACGCCGGGAGCCCUGGCAAAGAGCUCUUAAACCCUACAGAAAGUCUAACCGCAAUGAAAAAUGAUCAUUUUGGUGUGCCGCUGCCUCACGCCCCACAGCCACCGUGGCCCCGCGCACCCAGAGGCCCUUCCCUGCCAGAAACCGCGCUGUCCCCACGAAUGGCUUCAGGCCCCUGCGCUGCGGCAGCCCUCAGACCGCCGCUACCGGCCUCGCGGCGCCGGGCCCGGGCUCAACCCGGGGCCGGUAUCGGCAGCGGCGGGGCCCGGCCUGCGCGUCAGGUGACGCGGGUCGCGGCGCCGCGCUCUCCGCCCAGCGGCGAGCGGGGGAAGGGAGCGGCAGCGGCGCGGGGCCGUGUGGCGGCGGCGCGGCACCUGGGCUCCCCCCGAGGCCGCCGGCAGGCAGAGGGGCCCUCGCAGCCCCUCGCAGCCCCGGCGGGGAGCGCGGCCGGCAUGAGCCAGGUGCCGAGGAAGCUGCCCCAGGAGGAGGGGGACGAGGAGGAGGAAGAGGAGGAGGAGAUCGUGGGCUUGGCGGGCUACGCCGACGGGGCCGAGUCCUUCUCGGACGGGGACGCGGAGAGCGGCGGCGAUGAGGCGUUUUUGGAUUUCAAUGAUCCCUUCAGUACUGAAGUUAAGCCACGAAUCCUGCUCAUGGGUUUGAGAAGAAGUGGGAAGUCUUCCAUUCAGAAAGUUGUCUUUCACAAAAUGUCACCAAAUGAGACCCUCUUCUUGGAGAGCACAAACAAAAUCUGCAGAGAGGAUGUAUCCAACAGCUCCUUUGUCAACUUUCAGAUAUGGGAUUUUCCUGGGCAGAUUGACUUCUUUGACCCUACAUUUGACUAUGAGAUGAUUUUCAGAGGCACUGGAGCACUAAUAUUUGUUAUUGACUCUCAGGAUGAUUAUAUGGAAGCAUUAGCUCGGCUGCAUCUUACUGUGACCAGAGCAUAUAAAGUGAAUCCAGAUAUCAACUUUGAAAUCUUUAUCCAUAAAGUGGAUGGCUUAUCUGACGAUCACAAGAUUGAAACACAAAGAGAUAUUCACCAGAGGGCAAAUGAUGACCUUGCAGAUGCUGGAUUGGAGAAAAUUCAUCUCAGCUUUUAUCUGACAAGCAUAUAUGAUCAUUCUAUAUUUGAAGCGUUUAGCAAAGUGGUACAGAAACUGAUUCCACAGCUCCCAACACUGGAAAAUCUGCUUAACAUCUUUAUUUCAAAUUCUGGGAUUGAAAAAGCAUUUUUAUUUGAUGUUGUAAGUAAGAUCUAUAUUGCAACAGACAGCACUCCAGUGGAUAUGCAAACUUACGAGCUCUGCUGUGAUAUGAUAGAUGUUGUGAUUGACAUUUCUUGUAUAUAUGGGCUUAAAGAUGAUGGCACUGGAACUCCUUAUGACAAAGAAUCAAUGGCAAUCAUAAAACUGAACAAUACAACUGUCCUUUAUUUAAAAGAAGUGACGAAAUUCCUUGCUCUUGUUUGCUUUGUGAGAGAAGAAAGCUUUGAGAGAAAAGUCAAGGUCAACACUGAAAGCUUAGUUAAUUACCAUAUUGCUUACUGGUGUGGUGUUCACUGGAUUACUGGGCUUCAAGUGUCUCAAGACUGGAAAUGAACAGUGGAAAAAUGAGCUAUCAUUUUGGCUUGUGACCCAUCUCUUGUGAUACUAAUUCACCAGUCAGUGUCAUUGUGUUUGUGAAUGCAGUACUCAUGUCAUCUCUGCUGAACCGUUUGACAGGCUGUUUAGGUUUUAUUUUAUAGAACUUUACCAGGUCAAGUUUCUCUCACAUACCUGUACCACUGUUAGUAUCUGUAAAGUUAGAUUCUGCCAGUGUUGGUUUUGCUGUAAGCAUUAAAAAGUGUUACUCUAACACACCCACUGACAAGACUGUUCCAGAAAAGACACCAUGUUGAGCAAAUACUUGUUAGGCUUUGUGCACGCUUGUGUCAAAUUGUUGUGUCUGCAUAAUUUGGGACACUUCGUAUUGAAGUCAGUACUCAUGAGCAGUGCGGUUUGGUAUUAUAAUGCAGCUUUAUUUUGGUGUCUGGAAACUUCAACUGAGUACUUUGUCUGAACUCAAGGGAGAAGGAAAGCAAUUUCUGGGGGAAAAAAAAGUAUAACAUGUUGGGUAUAAACUAUUCCAAAUUUGUAUUAUCACCUGUUAAGGAAAUAGAGAUGGAAAGCACAACAUUAGCAAAGCUUAUGGCAACUAACCCUGUCUGAGGUCAUCAGCUCAGUACCAAAAUUUUAAAACAAUUUAUAGCGCCCAAUAAGUCUUCUGAUUGACUGCCAGUAUGGCUUUACAGCUUUUCUGUGGGAUCACAGUCAGCCCACUCACACGGUAAUUUUAACUGCCUAUUAUGUAUGUAUGUAAUCUAACAACAUGGCUGUUGUGCUAAUUUUGAGUUAGAGUGUAAAAUGAAGUAUAACUGGCUGCUAUUUGGUAAUAUAGCUGUAGAGUAUCUGUUUCAAAACUUACAUAUUAUAAAAAAAUGAAUUUUUUUUUAACUACUAGAUGAUAUGUAUUUUUGUCAUGGUUCUUCUGUGAGGUAAAGUUGCAAAAUGAUGCCAUAAUUUAUAUUGUAGUAUCCUGAGUGCUUCUCCAAAGCUCCUUAUUAAGUUAAAGCUUUCUUAUCUGCCGAAGUACUUCUCUUUGUGUUCUCUUUAGACCAAUAUGUGCAGUUAAUAAAGGCUACGAUAAGAAACUGUGAUGCUCACUGAAUUACUUGUAUUUAUUAAAUAUACUUCUGCUUAGCACAGAAAAAAUUGCCUGGAGAAUUCACUGAUUACGACCUCUAGAAAGAAUGUGGUGUUUCAGUAAAUGUAGAAUAUAAACAAAUCUGUGAUUAGUU